UACUGUAGAUGCGGCGACGCGGCCGGGGCCUCGAGGUCUGAAGGAGCUCACGGAGCUGCUGAUCAUGACACGGAGGCUUUGAGGAGGCGACAAUUGCCUUGGGCUGGGGAGUUCCAUGGCUGAGAGUAGGUUCCAGGCUCCAGACCUAGGAGCUCAGCUGGGAGUUUCCAGUUGUCUUGAAAAAUGCCAGAAGAGAUCACCAAGUGCUAGGAGGCAGCCUUUUUCUGGAAAGUCUUUCUACCUGGAUCUGCCUGCUGGCAAGAAUCUCCAGUUUUUGACGGGGGCCAUUCAGCAGCUGGGUGGGGUAAUUGAGGGUUUUCUGAGCAGAGAAGUGAGUUACAUCGUGUCCAGCCGCAAGGAGGCGAAGGCAGAAAGCUGUGGGACAGGCCACAGAGGCUGCCCCAGCCCCAGCAAGGUCAGGGCAGAGACACCAUCAGCCACGGGCAGUCCAAGAGGCGGCCCCGCCAGGCCUGCACUGAAACCUGUAGACUCGGUGCCUAUGAGCAGAGGGAAGGAGCUACUGCAGAAGGCCAUCAGAAACCAGGGGAGCAGCAGUGGGGGAGGCAGCGGGAGCAGCAGCCUUCUGAUCAAUGCCCGUUCCUGGGGAGUGAGGAUUCUGCAUGUGGAUGAAAUGAUGAUGCACGUGCAGCAGCUGACUCUUGAUGCUUUAUGUGUAAAGAAACAAGGACCACAGAAGCCAGAGGGAACAGGUCCAGCAGCAGAGUCAAGAACGCGGAAAGUGGCCAGAUUGAAGGCUCCAUUCCUCAAAAUCGAAGAUGAGAGCAGGAAGUUUCGUCCUUUCCACCAUCAGUUUAAAUCCUUUCCUGAAAUUUCUUUUCUGGGACCCAAAGAUGCAAGUCCUUUUGAGGCCCCGACGAUCCCAGGCAGCUCGCAUCAUGCCAGAAAACCCAAGGCCCAAGAGCCCAGCCUGCCCUCGACCGUUCGCGCCAGGCCCCGGAAGAAGAAGGGCUACUGUGAGUGCUGCCAGGAGGCCUUUGAGGAGCUCCAUGGGCAUCUCCAGAGCGCCGGGCACCGGGGCUUUGCCCUAGAAGCCCAGCCAUAUGCAGAAGUUGACCGGCUCAUUGCCUGGCUCAACCACAGCUUUGUAGACAUCGCACCCCGGGCCAGCCACCCUAGGCAGCCAGGCUCCGCGGCUUCAGACUGUGACCCUCUGUGUCCGGAGACUCCACCUCCCAGCCAGCCCUCCCCUCCCAGGGCCGCCUCUCCUGGGAUAAGGGAAGAAUGUGAACACCAGCCCCCCAGUACCCCAGUGCAGGAUGGGACACUGGGCAGCAGGAAGGCAUCAGUCAAACUUGUGGAGUCGGACGAGACACCUGGACCAGUAACGCACUGCCAGGAGCUGGACGGGUCAGCUGAUGUCUUUGUGGACCCCCCAGGGACACCAGCGUCCAGGAGCCCUGCUUGCCAGUGCCUCCUUACCAGCUCUGGUUUUACGGACCUCUCAUCUGGCCCAGACCUGGCGCCUGUUGGUCACAAGCGGAAGGCUCAAUCCCCUGGUGGCAAUGCCGAGAAGAAGCCAGGGCCCUCGCUCUUCUCCCUGAGGGCCUCUAGCCCCUGUGGCCCCAGGACAGCCAGUGGCCGGCCUCUCUCCCUUCCCCUUCCGGGCCAUGAGCCCAGGUCUCCCCACUCCCUCCUGCCUUUGUGCCACGUGAAGACCUGCCUCUCCCUCCCAGACCCCUUCCCCUGGCAGCCCACAGACAGGCCAGCAGAGCUCUGGGCAACACAGCCCCCCUCACCUGGGGAAGGAUGGCCCCCAGGAUCUGAGCAUUCUGAGUGUGCAGCCCCUGACCUUGCCCCCCAGCCAGCUGACCAGCUCCCCAGCUGCCCCGCAGCUCCUGGCCAGCUGUCAGCCCACCUGCCCUCAGCUGCUGGCCCGCAGACCCCAGGGGUACCUGGGGAGCGCCAGUCUACCUCUCUCCCCGACCUUGUGCCCGCCAGGGGAGACAGCUGCUCCCAGUGGUUCUGGGCCCCCCAGCCUCUCCCAGGGCCCUGCAUUCCUGUCUCCUCACCCCAGCCCAGUGUGAACAGAGAACUGCUCUUGUGAGUCUCCCAGGGCCCACAGCUCUUCACAGGCCAGACAGUUCCAGGUGUUCAGGUACAGGUUCUACCUAUGCAUUGUGCUGCACACCCCAGCAGAGUGCCCGACACUGGAGAUGCGGCACCCAUGGCUUCCCCAAGAGCCGAGCAGGAGCCCCAGGCCCAGCCUUUCAAGUCGAGUGAAUGGCUGUUGAGGCAGCUCCAUAGAGCUGGGGUCCGCAGAGGCAGUGCUCCCACCCACUGGGUCUUUGGGUGGGACCCAGACUCUCUCCUAUGCUGGCCUCCAGCCAUGUCCCUUACCCAGCCGCACUCUAGGAUGGCUGGAGCUGGGGCCAGCUGCCCCUAGCCAGGAGGCAGAGGGAGGAACCACAAAGAAGCCAGAGCAGCAAGAGCCUUGGCCUGGCUUCCAGGCUUCUGCAGGCACUUGCCUUUGCAGAGCCCAGAGGGUGCGCUGCCGCUGUUCCCCUUCCGAGCAAGCAUGUGGCUCUCCUGCUUUCCUGAACGCCUGUGUCCCCUCCCCCAGCCCCCCACGCUGGUGCACACAGAUCCUCAGGAACAUAUGAAGCAGAGGAGGGGCUUGGGCUGCAGCACUUAGAGCUCCCUCCCCACCGCACUUGCUGGGGCCCCAGCACUGACCUCUCCCCUGAGCCUAGGACGUGGCCACAGCCCCGUCUGAGGACACCCCCCCCGCCCCCCCUGCUCUUCUCUGCCUCCUCAGCCCUGGUGCUCACCUGGAGUUCUGUUCAGGGUCAUGGCUCACCUGCCAACCUGUGCCUCUCCCUCCCUGAGCACCUCUCCCCCUGUCUCAGCCGCCAUUGAUCUGGAGACAGAUGGGUUUGCUAUCGAUUCUUUGGCCACUUUUUUCUUUAUUGUUACUACCUUCCAUGCUGUGGUUCUCGUCCUGCUCGCCUGUGUGUUUGUCUCUUUAAAUGCUGAAGCCACCAGAAGCCUGGUGCGAUUCUCUGUCUCCUUUUGGAGGAAGAAAGGGGGGCCUGGCUGCGGGUGAGGACCUGAGUUGUCAGUUUGGAAAUAGAGCAACUGUGUGUACAACCCUCGCAGAGGUCAUAUUUGGCCCUUUUAUGCCAUUCCUGUUAACUUUCACAGUCUUGGUUUAGGAAAUGGAAAUAAAUUUCAUAGC